GGGAACUUGCAAAAAAAGAAGAAAGAAAAUAAUGGCUGGUAGUGAUGAGCUCUUAAAGAAUCUGCAGAGUAACUUGCAAGAACUAGACAAUCUCCGGUCUGCAUAUUUGACAUCCACAAAACGUCCUUUGGCAUCCAUAGGAACAAGUACCAAGACACUGUUCCGUGACCAGCACCAGCUGGCAAGAGAGAAUAUGAACAUCCAGCCAUUUGCUCCUCGAAAGAGCAUCCGCCACCGUAACCCUUACUGGCCUGAUGAAGAAAUACGAACCUUUAUUGAAAUCUGGGGUGAUGACCAAGUCCAAGCCUCAUUGGCCACCAACUUCCGCAACGAGGCCCAAUACGAGUGGAUCUCUGACCGGAUGCGGGAAUACGGCUAUGACCGAGAUAUGAAGCAGUGCCGCCUGCGUGCCAAGGAGCUACGACGAGGAUACAAGGCCAUUGUCUGUGGCAAUAAUUCCUCUGUGAGUGGUCAACGUGCCCUGCCAUUCUUUGAUUCCUUGAACAGCUUUCUGUGCAUGCACAAGGGCCUUGUGGUUUCCAAAGUUUCCCUCUCUAUAGAUCGGCGGAAUCGAGAGGCACAAAAACUGGGGCUGGAGCAGGAGAAGAAUGAAAAACUCAGUGUCGUUCUUGUUUCUGAUGAUGAUGAGGCAUCCAUUCCAGAGCCUACCGAUGACUCCAAUGGCUACUUCCAGGACACUCGGGUGGAUUCUGAUCCUGUGAAUGCACAGUCUCCAGGCGAUGAGUGGGAACAGCCUGUAGAAGAUGGUAUUCUGGCAGGUGAUGAGGUUUCACCCAACUUUCCCAAUGCCAGAGAAGAAGGCCAUUCUGCAAAUUCAGGCCCAUCAAGCUCCUUCCCCAGGGCAUCCCUCGUUGAUGCCGACAGAGCAAGCAACCACUGGAAUCGGAAGCAGAGGAAACAGGCAGAUACUGCUUCGGACCUUGUGGAUGCCAUUUCACAAGUGGGUGACAGGCUAGUGAGCGCUCUGUCCGAUUUGCACUCAAAAUACAGGGAGGCCUCUGAACUUGCCCAAAGCAGGGAAAACAGUGUGCGCAAGGAGGAAUUUGCCAUCCUUGCGGGCCACGUGGACCAAGCCGCAAAGAACAUGGACAAACUCAUUACCCUUAUGGAGACCUCCACCAGACGGAUUGCAGAUGCCAUGGACCGACAGACUGCUGCCUUGGAGAACAUGGCCCGCUUGUUCACCGCCAGGGUGCAGGCUCCUUCAGUGCUCCUAGGGUCCCAAGGGCAGCCUGUGCUGUCGUCCCCAAACCUCCCUGUACCACUCUCGUCGCCAGCAGCAGGGUUGCCCAACACCCUGAACACUUUGAGAGCACCAAAACCACCAGCUCCAUCCGAGGCAGAAGAAUGUCCGCCAGAGGCAAAGAAAAUAAAAACAGAAGACGACUAGAAUAUUGUGAUUGUACUGCAGUCCUUCUGACCUGCUUGUUUGCUUUCAUUGGAUGAAUGUUCAUCCUUUUUUAAAAUUUCCUUUCAUGGGGGAAGUCAGGAAGGUAGAGGGUUGAAUACAGCUUUACUGGAUUUUUUUGUCAUUUUAGAUUUGUAGUCAGACUUUUAAGUUGUUGGGUAGGUUUGUAUAAGGGAGGGAGAUUCCCCCCCUCCCCAGGACAAUACAAACAUCUAGUUCACUUUCA